AUCACUUUCUAUGAAGGAUGUCAGAUGCCAGUUUCUUGAAGACAGAGGAAUUUCCAUUUUAGAAGGAGAGGACAAGGCACUGUUUAAGAAUGUUGUCACUAGUGUGUUCAUGCAGAAAGUCAAGGAAUCAGUAACACCACUUAAAAAGAAAAGCAGGGCAAAUACUCCAAGUCCCAAAAAAGCCACCCCUCUGAAGAGAAAGUAUUCAGAAGAAAACAGAGAUGACGGAUUUGAAUCGUCCAAAAGUAAGAGAAAGCGUGUAGUUGUAUCGGAAAACGAUGAAGAACUUACGAAGAAGAAAAGAGUUGGAAAAGAAAAUGGGGCUGACUGUUCAACUUCUGAAGAAGGGACUCCUGUUAAGGAAGCUUCAAAAGAUGUAGACACACCUGUUGUCAAGACAACAAGGUUGGGAAAGAAGAAAACAUCAUUUCUGUCUUCUGGUGAGGAGAGUGAUGUAAAUAAUUCUGAUGAUAAUAUGGAGUGUUCAGAGAAAGAAGAUGAAACUACUAACAAAGAUGAUGAAUCUGAGAAGUUUAGUGAUGAGAAGGAGUCAGAUGAGGAUGAAAAUUCAAAAGCACAAAAUGAGAAUGAAAACAAAACAAACAGUGAUGAUCGUGUUGGGAAUUUACUAAAUGAUGACAAAGCUGAGGCACAUCUGUCUAAAAGUGACUCUGACAUGGACAGUGAAAUGGAACAAGAAAAUGAUAGAAACUUGAAUAAACUUGAGAGUGCAUCUGAUGAAAGUGAUGACGAGCCCUUGAAACAAAGGCACAAAGAUGUUUCCAAAAAAUCUGAGCAAGAAACAAAAAAGAAAAAUAUAAGAAAUAAAAGUACACCAAAAAGGAAACAAGCAGUUAAUAAAAAGAGACAUGUAGAUGAUUCUGAAAAUUCUGAGAAGGAAAUGAAAAAUAAGAGUAGAGCAAAGAAGAAAAUGACAUUUGGUAAAAAAAAGAGUGUGUAUGUUUCAGAUGAUUCAGAUAGUGAAUGGGAUGCUAAAAACACAAAGAUUAAAAGUAAACCCAAGAAAAGAAAACCUUUUAGUAAACCGUUGAGUGCUGAUUCUUCAGAUGAUUCAGAAAGUGAGUGGGAAAAUAGAAGUAAUCCGAAGAAGAAACAAAAAGUUGGUAAAAAGAAGACUAUGGAUGAUUCUGAAGCAGAAAAGAAACAAAAGCUCUCCCAGAAAAAGAUGAAAAAGAAAACUAAACAAAAGCAAAUGAAGAAACAAAUGGACACUGCAUCUGAGGAUAGUGAUGAUGAGCCAUUGCGAAAAAAAAAUGACAAUGAUUUUGAAGAUUCAGAGAGUGAAAAAGAAUCUAAAAGCACAAAGAAAGAGAGUACACCCGCAAGGAAACUGAAGGCUAAAAGUGAAUCUGAUGAUAGUGAUGAUGAGCCAUUGCGGAAAAAAAAUGACAAUGAUUCUGAAGAUUCAGAGAGUGAAGAAGAGUUUGAGAGCAUUAGAAAUAAAAGUAAACCUAAGAAGAAACAAAACAUUGGUGAAAAGAAGACUGUAGAUGUUUCUGAAGAUUCUGAAGCUGAAAAGAAGCAAAAGCUCACCCAGAAAAAGAUGAAAAAGAAAACUAAACAAAAGCAAAUGAAGAAACAAAUUGACACUGCAUCUGAGGAUAGUGAUGAUGAGCCAUUGCAGAGGAGUCAGAAUGUUUCUGAAGAUUCAGAGAGUGAAAAAGAAUCUAAAAGCACAACAACAAAAAGUACACCCACAAGGAAGCCUGAGGCUAAAAUUGAAUCUGAUGAUAAUGAUGAUGAGCCAUUGCGAAAAAAGAAUGACAAUGUUUCUGAUGAUUCAGAUAGUGAAGAAGAAUCUAAAAGCACAAAGAAAAAGAGUACACCCUCAAGGAAACUGAAGGCUAAAAGUGAAUCUGAUGAUAGUGAUGAUGAGCCAUUGCAGAGAAGUCAGGAUGUUUCUGAUGAUUCAAAAAGUGAAAGAGAAUCUAAAAGCACAAAGAAAAAGAGUAAACUCUCAAGGAAGCCUGAGGCUAAAAGUGAAUCUGAUGAUAGUGAUGAUGAGCCAUUGCAGAGAAGUAAGGAUGUUUCUGAUGAUUCAGAGAGUGAACUAGAAGGAACAAUUCAUAAGAGUAAACCCCAAAAAAAACAUACAGGUGUUAAAAAAACAAAUGAAGAUUCUGAGAGUGAACAGGAGUCUAAAACCAUGAAAAAGAAAAAGAAAACCCAAAAGAAGCAUGAUGAUAGCAGCAGAACAAAGAAGUCACUAAAAUCGCGAAAAAAAAGUGGUGGCUCCAGUGAUGAUGUACAAGACAGUAUGAGAUUAAAGAAUCUUAAACGUUAUAUUUAUGCUUGCGGUUUAAGAAAAAACUAUAAAAAAAUACUUGCUGAUUGUCGUUCAAUGAAGGCAAAGGAAAGAAAGUUAUUGGAGAUAUUACAUGAUGCAGGAAUAGAAGGUGCACCAACAAAUGAAAAAUGUAAACUGUUGAAAUUUAAACGAGAAGAGCAAGCAGAGCUGGCAUCUCUGGAUACCAGUAAUAUCAUCAAGACACCAGAAAGAGGUAGAAGAGCAACUAGACAAGUACACAGUCGGUAUCAAAGCACACCUGUCGUCAUGGAAAUUAAAAAAAGAAGAUUGUCAAGUAGUGAUGAUGACAGUGAUGACGUUCGAAAGAAAAAUCCAUUUGCAAAUCUAAAAGGAAUUAUUACUGAUUCUGAAAGUGACUAGUUAAAAAUAUGUUUGAUUCAGAACUUAUUCCUAAUCUUAAUAUUUUCACAUUAUUUGUGUUAACGACUCUUGAUUGGCAGUCACAUUUCUGUGGACAUAAUGUUGCUUAAUCUUGUAGUAUAUAGUAAAUUACUUUGUCUUUGUGAUUUAAUCAUCAAAUUUGUACGCCAACAUAUGAAAAUACGUCUUUCUGUG